CGGGAAACAUUAUCUCAGCCAGUGGUCGCGGCCUUCUGCGGUGGAGGAGUAGCUGGCGCUGUCUCCCGGACAGUGGUAUCGCCGCUGGAAAGACUCAAGAUCCUGAUGCAGAUUCAGAGCGCUGGGCGAGAUGCAUACAAGAUGUCUGUCGGCCACGCCCUGGCCAAGAUGUGGAAGGAAGAAGGCUGGAGAGGCUUCAUGCGAGGAAACGGGACAAACUGCAUCCGCAUUGUCCCCUAUUCUGCUGUACAGUUUAGCAGCUACAACUUUUACAAGAGGAACAUCUUUGAGCCAUAUCUAGGAACUGAUUUGUCGCCCUUUUCCCGCCUCGUGUGCGGUGGGCUCGCGGGAAUCACAUCCGUCGUCUUUACCUACCCACUCGACAUUGUCCGAACACGCCUGUCUAUCCAAUCUGCCAGUUUUGCAGAGCUCGGCGCGAGGCCAGACAAGCUGCCAGGCAUGUGGGCAACUCUUGUGUCGAUGUACAGGACAGAAGGUGGUUGGUCGGCUCUAUACCGCGGCAUCGUCCCAACUGUAGCCGGUGUGGCCCCCUAUGUCGGACUCAACUUUAUGGUCUAUGAAUCAAUCCGCCAGGCAUUCACGCCCGAAGGCGACAAGAACCCUAGUGCUCUUCGCAAGCUGUUGGCGGGCGCCAUUUCGGGCGCAGUUGCUCAGACCUGCACUUAUCCAUUUGACGUACUACGACGGCGAUUCCAGAUCAACACCAUGUCAGGCAUGGGCUACCAGUACAAGUCCAUCUCGGAUGCAGUUCGUGUCAUCGUCCUCCAAGAAGGCGUCAGAGGGCUAUACAAGGGCAUUGUCCCCAACCUCCUCAAAGUGGCUCCCAGCAUGGCGUCGAGCUGGUUGAGUUUUGAAGUCACGCGCGAUUUCCUGACAGACUUGAAACCGACUGAGGAGAACCGAAGCUUAUAA